AUGAGCAACAACAUGAUGAACUCGUCUUCUAGUUCUGAAGAGAACGUCACCAGAAAAGCUAGUGCGUCAAAGAAAAGAAAAACAACAAGUGAUAAAGAGUACAAUCCCGCCGAAGAAGAAGAAGUGAAAGCGGGGGCCAUUCAGCGGGUGUGGUCCCCUGCGGACGAGUUAAAGCUUCUGCAGGCUCUAAAAGAGCAAACAGACAGAGCCAACAUGACCAUGUUGUAUGAGACGGUGAGGAACUGUUUGGAGUUUGAUGUACAGAAAAAGCAGGUUGCGGAUAAAGUGGGGAAGCUGAGGCGGAAGUUUAAGGAGAUUAGCGAAGGAAGAAAGGCUGCGGGUUCUGAUAAACACAGUGCGAGUGUUUACCAACUUUGUCAACAAGUGUGGGGAGGUAAGGAAAAGCAAGUUGCUGCUGCUGCUGAUGAGGACAGGGUGGUUUACAAGAAGAAAUACCCGCUUUCUAAUCGUAACAUAACGUAUAUGUACCCUGAACUUGCUCUUGGAGAGAUUGGAUCAAAGAUACAAAAAAGCUCCAUUAGAAGAAAUUUAGUAAAGUACUUGUCUGAGGAGGAAUUGGAGGAGAUGGAACAAGAUUUUGUGGAAUGUGAUCUUAGAGACAUGGAAGGUGCUUACCUACGAAUGAAGGUGGUCAUGAAGCAUAAGAAUCAAAUAGACAAGGCAUUUCGCUUAUCAAAGGAAUCAAAAUAA